UCGCAGAAGAACCUUAAGAGCCACUCGUUUAAAAGGGGGAUGGUCAAUUAUGUGCCAUGAUUGGCUAGAUGAAUCUCGUUGGUCCAUUCCCUUUCCUCCCUCCCAGCGAAUGAGAAAAACGCAAUCUCAUAGCUUUACCUGUUACCAAACCAAACCCCCCACUUUCCCCCUAUUGCUGCUCCAGUCGUACUGUGUAUACCACCUGCGAGCGUUCCAGAAGGAAAAGGAAAAACCGAAAAUCAAUAUUUUUUUUUUUUUAAUUUUUUUUUUUCCCUUUUCGCUCCCCUUCUCCGGCAAAGCUGGUCAAUUCCUUCAUAUACAAUACCACGCCGGCCACCACAUCUCUCUUUGGACAAACCUUUGAACAUCACCAGUCACCUUAAUUAAAUACCGCCAACAUGGGUUGCGGAAUGAGUACAGAGGAUAAGGAGGGCAAAGCCCGU